GCCUGUCGACCCGCCGGGGCUCCCCGAGCACGCUUACUGUCGGCCCGCCUCACGGGGCGCCGGCCACAUCCGGGGCUCGGGGGCCCGCGCGGUUGCCAUGGCAGCGGGGUCGCGGCGGGCGCGCGGGCAGGCCCCGAGGCUGGCGGUCGGCGGAGCCCCAGAACCGGACGGCCGUACUCGCAGCGCCUAGGGGCGAUCGGGGAGCGCCGCCGCCAUGUCCCUGAGCACCGGGGAGCCGGCCUCGGAGAUGGGAGAUGACAGCCUGUCUGCAAUAACCUUCGACUCUGACUCAGAGACGAAAGCGAAAAGGAAAAGUUUCCACAGACCUCCCCCUACAUCACCGAAGUCACCUUAUCACUCUAAGCCGCGAAAAGUGGCCUCCUGGAGGUCUCUGAGGACAGCCGGCAGCGCGCCCCUCGGGAGCCAAAUGUCCUUAACCCCCCAGAAGCUGUGGCUGGGAAGCUCAAAGCAAGGUUAUGUUCCUGGGACCCCUGUCUACAGAGAGAUGGAGGGCAUGUAUGACGAGAUCAUUGAGCUGAAGAAGUCAUUACACGUGCACAAAAGCAACAUGGAUGUGAUGAGAACAAAGCUUCGGCGCUUAGAAGAGGAAAACAGCAGAAAGGACCGGCAGAUAGAGCAGCUUUUGGAUCCUUCCCGAGGCCCGGAUUUUGUUCGGACGCUGGCAGAGAAAAGGCCUGAUACUGGCUGGGUGAUCAGUGGGCUGAAGCAGAGGAUUCUCAAGCUGGAGCAGCAGUGCAAGGAGAAGAACCACACCAUCGACAAACUGCAGACUGAUAUGAAGACCACUAACUUGGAGGAGAUGAGGAUCGCCAUGGAGACAUACUACGAGGAGAUUCAUCGUCUCCAGACUCUCCUGGCAAGUUCUGAAACGACAGGAAAGAAGCCUCCAGUGGAGAAGAACGUCGGCCUUAAAAGGCAGAAAAGAAUGAGCAGCGCCCUCCUGAGCUUGUCCCGGAGCGUCCAGGAGCUCACGGAGGAGAACCAGAGCCUGAAGGAGGACCUGGACCGCGUGCUGAGCGACUCCCCCACUGUCUCCAAGAUAAAGGGCUCGGUGGAGUGGAGCAAGCCCCGGCUGCUUCGGCGGAUCGCAGAGCUGGAAAAAAAAAUAAGUCUGAUGGAAAGCCCCAAAUCGCACGCUUCAGAGGUGGUCCUGUCUACCCCGCCGGCUCACUCGGUGUCCAGCUCCACGGUGCACCGGCAGCCGCGCCCCGACCGCCAGGAGGAGAGCGAGCGACUGCGGGGGGUUGUGAAGAGCCUGAAGGGCGAGCGGAAUGCCCUGCACACCCGGCUGCAGGAGCGAGAUCUGGAGGUGAAGCAGCUACUGCAGACAAAGGCUGACUUGGAGAAGGAGCUGGAAAACAUGAAGGAGGGUGAGAAGGAGGGAAGAGAAAGAGAGGAGGCUUUGAGGGAGGAAAUUCAAGCACUUACCAGGAAGUUUCAAGAACUGGAAGAAAGUAAGAAAGGAGGGGAGGAGGACCCCGAGGAGACGAGCCCGGAGACCCGGGAAGCGCCCCGACCCCCCGGUCCCUCCCAGACGGACUCGGAGCUGGACACGAGCGAGGGGGGCUCCUCCCGGCCCCGCUCCGGCUGCUCCGAGGGGAGAAGAGACGCCGCCGCCCGGCUCCUGCAGCGCCGGUGGAAGGGGCACCAGCACUGGAAAAAACAGGCCGUUUUGGACGAGGCUGCCGUGCUGCAGGCGGCUUUCCGGGCGCAUCCGGCACGGGCGAGGCCAUUGUCCAGUGGAGUGUGCAGCCCGGACCCCCCUGCCAUGCCAAGCCCUCCCACCCAGGACUCGCCCGAGCCCCGCGUCCCGAGCCCCGUCGUCCAGGCCGAGGGGGACCCGUGGCAAGAGGAGGCCAUCACCGUCAUCCAGUCUGCCUUCCGGGCACACCUGGCACGGGCCAGGCACAGUGCUGCUGGUCCACGAGCUGCCCCUGCAGCGUUUCCCGACAGACCUGCUUGGGCCCCACACAGUGCACCCUCCUCUCCGCCCUUCCCUGCAGCCUCUCCUGGGCAGGAAGACAGCGAGGGGAGCAGCGGGGAGACCGCGGAGGCUCCGGCUCCCGGGGACGGAGCGCCGAGGCCAUGGGGGCCAGGGGCACCGGCAGCCCCGCCGCCCUGCUCUGCGGAGCCCUCUCCCUCGGGGCCGCAGCGCGCCGCGACUCCGCCCGCGGAGGACGUGAACUCCGAUGACUCCGACGAGAUCGUCUUAGCUCCGCCUGUGCCCACGAAGAAAAUCGCCUCCCCGCCCUAGGCCCCUGCGGUCGCCCGGCACGUGGCGAUGCCCUGUCCGGGCAAGGUUAGGUUCAGAGGACAGAAGCACUCAGACCGGAAAGGAAUUUAUCUUGUGGGGAGGAGAACAGUACCCACUGACACCUCACCUCCGUCCCCGGUUUUUCUCUUUCGUUUUGCCCGCUUGUUUGUUUGUUGAGGGAACCCCGAAUGCCUCUAUUUUAUCUCUGGGAAGGGGUCGCCUACGUUCUGCAGCCCCGGCUGCAGGCCCGCGUCCCCCCUACCCCCGGUGGUCUUCAUGCCGGACAGACACACCUGCCCGGGCUGGGGGGCAGCAGGGGGCCCGGCCAAGACACGUCCUCUCGGGGCACCUCUGGCCCCCUGCGGCCGUGCAGGCGAGGGCUGCUUCAUCGGCGCUGACGCCACUCGGCCACCAGCUCCAGGACAGGCAACGCGCCUCGGGAGAGCUGAUGCUAGAACUCUCGCUCUCAGCCCGAACGGAGGGCCCUGCGCACCAGGGAGAGCUUAGUCCCGGGCCACCCCUCCGCCUCCCCGUCGCCAGCGGGACCCCCGGCGCCCCGACGGCGCGGCAGCCCUUCCCGUGUUGCACCUCAGGGGCUCCGGCUCAGACUCGUCCUUCUUUCAGAAACUCCUGGGCCCUCCUCACAGCGGUCAGAGGCUCCCGGCUCCAGCACGGGCGAGGCGCGUGGCCAGGAGGAUCUGUGUUGCCCUGUCCCGUGAGAGAGGCGGAGGGAUCUCCCAGCCCCGGCCACCCGGAGUCAGGCGGAGGACCCGCCAGGCCCUUUCACCGCUUAGGUGCCGGUCGUACAGUGGGUUGAAAAAAGUUCAGCCAGGGGGCCAGGCUUGUGUCAUGUUUUCUUUACUCGGCCUGUGAGUUUCCAAGUCCGUUUUUUCUUCUGUUUCCCCCGCUGGACUGAUGGCUAACUCGGGUGAACUCACUGCUGACCUUUGCCUCGUUUCAUCCACUGGGUCCGUUCCUCCUCUGGGUGCUGGCCCAGCUAAAGGCCUGUAGGAGCCAGUCCACCAGUCAGGCACCCAGAGGGUGAUGAAGGCGAUGCCCGCGGCCUGCAGGUCCCCAGGGGGUCAUUCUCCCCCCACCCCAUUCAAGAACGGGCAUUUCUGCAUUACUCCUUGCUCUCAGGAGCCCAAGGCUCUGGGGACCUAUGACGGAUGGGCCACUGUCAGGACGUCCUCGCCUGGUCCUGGAGGAAAAGGCCGUGUGUGCAGUGGGCUGGCCGUCGGCAGAGCUGGGAUGGGCAAGGUCAGCCCCGGGACCUGAGUUU